UACACGAUAGUGCAAGAAAAAAUGCAAAUUUACAAAAUAAUUUUGUUUGUCGUUUGUGCAAGAGGAUAGCAAUCAUUUUCUUCAAUAGAUUUGAAUACAUGCUUUAUUUUAAUUUCAAUAAUAAUUAAUGUAAGGUCAAAUUUAUAAGUUUUCAAUUAAAGCUAUUCUCAGUUUUAAGAAACUUACAUUCCAGGCAUUAGUUUUCUGAUCACUUCCAACCUCAAAAUUUAUGGAAUUCAAAACAACUACAACUACUGAAAAUGGCUGAACCGGGGGAGGAACUACUCGAGGGAGAACUAGGUGAUGGCGAUUACAAUGAACUUGAUGCAGAUGAAGAAGAAGCUCUUUUAGCUGAUGACGAUGGAUACUCUGACUACAACUUGCCAUCGGUAUCAUCUCAUAGAGAUGUCUAUAUUUCAUCUCCUGAUUCUAAAGCUCCGAGAAAAAUAAAAGUGGAGGACGUGGAAGAUGUGGAAGAAGGAGAUGAAAUUCUGGACAAUGAAGAAGAUGACGUUUUGGAACUUGGAGUCGACGGCAAUUGGAACCUUGAUGACUUGGACUCUGAAUCUCAAGAACAAAAAAGGAAUCCAGAUUCAAAGCCUUCUCUUUUCCAGCUAUGGAUAAAACAGGAGAGAGUUGAUCCAUCAGAAUUCGAUAGAAAUGAGCACGAAGAAGACGAAGAUAAACAUCAAUCUUUAGGAAGCUUCAAAAAGUCAGAAUUUAUUACGUCUUCCGAUGAUAUCUCUCAGUCGCAUCUGCAUGAUGACGAUGAUGAAGAUUAUCACGAAAGGAAAGACCGGUUCACUAGCGAAAGAUCGUUGCCUGGUGUCGUUUCGUUGAAAACACCCGACAGCAAAUGGGGAGCCAUUCCCGAUUCGCUAGACAGUGUGAUCACUCCCAGUCAAUCGAAAGGGGCUGGUCAGAAAUCGCCAAGAGGAGGUGGCGCAAUGGGCCGGAGGGGAGGCACUGGUGUGAGGCGGGGAGGGGGACAACAGACAGGGGAGGCGCCUCAUCACAAAGUGCUCAUCAACCCACACUUCAAAGGAACCUCCCCAGCGCCAGCGCCGCCACAAUCUCACCAAACACCGCCAGGUAAUGCUCAACAACAAGCGCAGCAUUUGAACCAGUCUGCUCAUCAAUACCAAAAGCAGCCGGAGUAUCAGCAUCAUCAGCACCAACAUCAACCUCCAGUCAACAGUCAAUACCCUCACUACCAGCAAGCAUCCUCUUUUGCACCUCAUGGCGGCCCCCCUGAGCAAGGCGCAUCUUAUCAGAAUGACUGGCAGAAUGCGGCACAUGAGCAUCAGCAGCAGCAGCAGCAGCAGCAGUAUGAGCAGCACAACUACACUGGCUACUAUGAGGAAGCUCCAGCUCACACACCUCCCACCUGGAAUUCUCCUGGACAACCGGCCUACCAGAAUUACAAUCAGAGUCCAGUUGGGCAGCCACCCCCACCCGCAUCCCACCCGAUGCUACCGCCCCCGGCCACCAACACAAUGCAGCACAUAUUGACACAGCAACAGCCCCCUCCACCCGGCCUCGAGACCGAGUUCACGCCGAGAAAGGUGCAGUUCUCCGACCAAAACAAACUGAUCACUGUUCAAAUGUAUCCAGAGUCAGCGCCUGGUGGGGGAGGUGGGAUGAGGCCGCCUCACCAGCCUCCAGGUGCAUUUGUGCAGCAGGGCAGGCCCAGGCAUCCGCCGCCGCGGCCCCCCUUCUUCGCCCCCCAACAUCAUCAGCCGCCUUUCCGACCUCCACCACAUCCCUUUCCGCCAGGUCAGCAUCCACCUCAGCGGAUGUUUCCUCCUGCUCCUCACAACCAGAUACCGCCGCGAUUCUUGCCGAGGUUUAGAAGAGGUGGAUUUCCGAGAGGUGGCUUCCCUCCGCCAUUCAGACAUCCGGGUGGCCCGAGAAUGAUGCCUCCCGGACCUCCCUUCCCACCCAAUGUUUCACAUCCGCGAUUACCGAAUUUUCGGCAGCAGCAGCCAGUUAAGCGGCCACAUCCAGAGCCGAAGAAUCCUCAUCAUCAGCUGCCGUUCAAGCAGAAGAAGCCGAAUCCGAAUAGUCCCGAAAAACCACUAAUAGCUGGGAGGAAAAGAAACUUGCUGGAAGUUCAAACUGUUGAUAAUGUUCCGGACACUACAACAUUCUCUGACCAAACCGUAGAAAUAGAGUAUGACGAAGAUGACGAUGAGGAAACCCGAGAAUAUAAACGGAAAAUCGCCGAACAAAAACGACUCAGAGAAAAACUGUUACAAGAAAAAGAGGAAAGGAGAAAACUUGCCGCUGUCGCCAAGCAGAAAGAACUUGAGCAGCGUAAAGUGACUAGUCAAAACGCUCCAAAUCCUCAAGCAACGGUUUCUAAGCCACAAAGACCCGCUAACAUUGAAUCUAGUCAGCAUCAACAGCAGCAGCAGCAGAAGCAUCAUCAUCAGCAGCAGCAUCAACAGCAGCAACCGAGCCGAGUAAGCGUGCAUCAGCGGAUUGGCGCAAAGCCGUCGCCAGUCAGGCAGCCGCAGCCGCAGCCGCAGCCCAGUCACGCCUUGCCGCAGGUCACCUUCUUCAACGACCAACAGCCAGCCGCUUUCAGAAUGGUUCGAGUUCGCACUAAAGAUGGAAGUGUUCUUAUUAAAAAGCUGCCCAUAAAUUCAGCAGGACAAGUGAUGUUACAAAGAGCAGCCGUUGCGCAUGCGCCUCCUCACAUGGAGCACCACCAACCUGAGCCGCAACAACUCAUGAUGCCUCCUCCUCAGCACCACCAACAACCUCCUCCCCCUCCUCCUCCUCAACACCAGCAGUUCUACCCUCAACAAGUAGUAGCUCCUCAACCGCUUCCCUAUCCAUCGCCAGCAACCCUGCAGCUGCAGCAACUCCAGCAGCAAUACCAGUACCAUCAACCUCAAGCCAACCCACCGCAGCAACCAGUUUACCACCCUCCACCUCAACCGGUUCAGCAGCCCUUCUACCAGCAUCAACCUCCUCAAACCAUGCAAAUCCACAACCCAGUUCCAGUUGUCAAUAGCAAACGAAUAGUGCUCGAUCAACCUCAAACGGGCUCCUUGAUGAACAUUUAUUUUUAUUAAUGGGAUGAAUACCCG